GGAAUCAACUGAUAAUAUACCAUAUGCAUAACUACAGUAAUAAAACGAAUUACGUACUUCCAUUUUUUACUUUAGAAAACUAGUCGUAAGUAGUUUUGAAUCCUUCCUAAUGGAGGAUAAGAAAAAAGCAAAAAGCUUGCCAAAGCAUCCCGAAGACACUUCAAAUUUUGUAUCAAAUUGGCUUUUUUGUUGGGUGUAUCCUGUUAUUAUCAAAGGAAGCAAAACCGAAAUCACGGAAGACUUGCUCUACGAAACACCGGAAAGCUGUAAAGCGUCAAAGCUCGGUGAUGAGCUUCAGCAAUCGUGGCUCGAAGAACUGAAACUUAAAAAACCGUCCCUUGGACGUGCCCUUGCAAAACAGUUCGGACGUGAAUUUGCCAUUUACGGAGCUUUCUUUUUCCCGGUGGAUUUCAGUACUCAGUUGUUUCAGCCGUAUUUCUUACAAAAAUUACUCAAUUAUUACACUCCGAACCAAACACACGUUUCACGGAAUGAUGCUAUUUUGUCCGUUGUGAUGAUCAGUUUGAUGUCAUUUAUCCGCUUGUUGGUCUUUCACCGAUUUUUUAGUUAUGUCAAAGUCUUGGCUAUGAAAAUGAGAGUUGCUUGUUCUUCGCUAAUUUAUAAAAAAUGUUUAAAUUUGCGGAAAACUAGCUUGCAAAAAAUUAGCACAGGACAGUUGAUCAAUCUUGUGACUAACGAUGUUGGGACAUUUGACUAUGCGGUCAUGUUUUUGCAUUUUAUUUGGAUUGGACCUGUGGAAUUGAUCAUUGGGACUUUUUUCAUAGACGUGACCAUCGGUCAAGGGGCCACAAUUGGUAUCCUGGUCCUUUUGGUUUGUUUUUUGCUCCAAUCAUACGUUUCCAAAUAUACUGCGUCCAACAGAGAACGUAUAGCUUCAAGUACUGAUUAUAGAAUUCGGUUACUAAACGACCUCGUCUGUGGAAUACAAAUAAUCAAAAUGUACGCUUGGGAAAAGCCAUUUAAGAAACUGAUCGAAAUCGCUAGAAAAUCAGAACUUAAAGAAAUAAGUAAAACCACUCGUCUCUUCGUUUUGAACGAUUCAAUCAACUACGUUGUUACCCGAAUUAUUGUUUUCCUCGGAAUCUUGGGAGCUAUUUUCACAGGUGUUUCUAUAACAUCGCAAUAUGUUUUCACGAUGGCAUCAGAUAUCUACGACCACUUUAGAGUUAGUUUAACAAUUUUUGCGCCUCUUGGAAUUAUGCAUUUUGGCGAACUACGAACGUCGAUUUUUCGUAUUCAAGAAUUCCUACUAACUGAUCACGAAAGCUCGAAAGAAAGUUUUGUACAACACAAGGACGAAACAGCUAGUCCUGGUAUAAAAGCAAAAAAUGUGAGCGUUAAAUGGGACGUUUCUCUAACUGAUUUCGUGUUAAAAGACAUAAAAUUGAGUGCGACUUGUGGCCAACUUGUCGGCAUAGUUGGUCCUGCAGGGAGUGGCAAAUCGGCGAUUUUGCAAACACUAAUUCAAGAGACUGAGAUAAUCAGUGGGAAAAUUACGAUUAAAGGACGAAUUUCGUACGCUUCACAGGAAGCUUGGAUUUUCUCGGCGAGUGUCAGACAAAAUAUUCUAUUCGGUGAGGAAAUGGACGAGGAAAAGUAUCGAAAAGUGCUCAAAGUGUGUGCUUUGGAACACGAUCUAGCAAUAUUUCCUUACGGUGAUAACACACUAGUUGGAGAAAGAGGAGUUAUGUUGAGUGGAGGACAAAAAGCUCGGAUUAACUUAGCCAGAAGUGUCUACAGAGACGCUGAUAUUUAUCUUCUGGAUGAUCCCUUAUCGGCUGUUGAUGCUCAAGUAGCUCGGAUAAUUUUCAAAGAGUGCGUGCAAAACUAUUUGAAAGACAAGUGUGUAAUUUUGGUGACCCACCAGUUGAGUUACCUUCAAGAAGCCACAAAAAUAUAUUCGUUGAAAGACGGGCGACUAGAAUGUAUUGAAAACAUUGAUAAAAUUCCUGAUUACAUUCCUGACAGUGCUACAAACGCUGAAGAAGUUGUAAUUAAAUCAAACGAGCGUUCGGUCCUCCCAAAUGAAAACGUAGAAGAACGAGGAAAGCUUAAGGCGAUACAAAUCUACAAGUCGUACUUCACAGUUGGGGGAAAAUCGUCAUUUUUUCGUGUCAUUUUAAUAUAUUCCCUGCUUCAAUUUGUGUCCAAUUGUUUGGAUUAUUUCGUUAGUUUUUGGGUAAAUGUGGAGCAAGGAUCGUUACAACUUGAAUCAAGAAUUAAGGAUUUUUUCUCAUACGAAAACUGUUUGACUGUCUAUUGCUGCUUUUUGUUGCUCUUGUUCGUCAUAAUCUUUGCAUACAGCUGGGCAUUUGUCAAAUACACUAGAAAUGCCUCAACCCAUCUACACAACGAAAUGUUAACUAAAGUCCUGCAUGCAGAUUUGUCAUUUUUUCAUAACAACUCAAGCGGUCGAAUUCUCAACCGGUUUUCAAUGGACGUAGGAAGUGUUGACCAAAAAGUCCCUUUGCAGUUAAUAUCGGUUUUGCCUACAGUGAUGACCUGUCUUGGGACUUGCGUGCUAAUUUCAGUUCUAAAUUAUUGGAUGAUAUUUCCUACAAUAGCGUUAUUCCCCAUUUAUUAUUAUUUAGGUGUUUUAUUUCAACCAACAGUGAGGAGUAUCAAGAGAACAGAAGGCAUCACCCGUAGCCCUGUUUAUAGCCAACUCACAGCCACUCUUCAAGGCUUAUCAACAAUUAAAGCGUUUGGAGCACAAGAAAUACUUCAAAAAGAGUUUGACAAGCACCAAAAUGUUCAUAGUUCUGCUUUUCACACAAUCAUUGGGGUCUACGCUUUACUGGGUUUGAUCGCAGAAUUUAUGAGUGCUUUAUACACCACUGCGGUUUCGUUCAGUUUUUUCAUUUUUGGAAAAGAAGCUUAUAUCGGCAAUGUAGGUUUGGCAAUUCACCUAGCCAUCCAGUUAACAGGUUCUGUGGAAUUUUUAAUGAGAAUUUGGAGCAGCUUAGACACUGAAAUAACUUCAGUAGAACGGGUUUUAGAUUAUACAAAAAUCCCACAAGAAAUAGAAGGAAACAUAUGCCCCCCAAAAUCGUGGCCCAGCAAAGGCCGAAUAUCAUUUCAAUCAGUGUGUCUCAAAUAUUCACCCACUGACCCCCCUGUUCUCAAAAAUGUCACUUUUACCAUCAAACCGGGCGAGAAAAUUGGAAUAAUCGGUCGAACAGGUGCCGGAAAAUCCUCUCUGGUUUCCACACUUUUCCACCUGUUCCCGUUUGAGGGAACAAUUUUGAUCGACAACGUCGAUACCAAAUCAAUUCCACUCAAAGACCUCCGUUCCAAAAUCUCCGUCAUUCCGCAAGACCCCGUGUUAUUUUUGGGAACUUUGCGGAAAAAUUUGGACCCGUUUGAUGAAUUCACCGACGCUGAGUUGUGGUCGGCCCUUGAGGACGUUGAAUUGAAAAGUGUGAUUCGGGACUUGGAAAGUGAGGUUUCAGAAGGGGGUUCGAACUUUAGUGUUGGACAGAAGCAACUGCUUUGCCUGGUUAGAGCAAUGUUGAGAAGGAACAAAAUUGUGGUUUUGGACGAAGCUACGGCUAAUAUCGAUCUCAAAACAGACGAACUGAUUCAGUUAGCCAUUCGACGGAAGUUUCAAGAGUCGACAGUAUUGACCAUUGCACACAGGUUAAAUACUGUUCUGGAUUCUGAUAGGAUUUUAGUGAUGGAUGGUGGAGUUGUGGUGGAGUUUGGAAGCCCAAACCAACUCCUGGAAGAUACUGACAGCUAUUUUUAUCAGUAUUUUAUGCAGGGGAAUAAGAAUCAAAAUCUCGAAAUGAAAUAAACUUUUAUUAGUCUCGUC